UACACGCGGGUAUAUGACCGUGUUACUUGGUUGUGAUUCCCAGCCCUGCGCAUGGCAUGAAAUUUCCCGCCGGUGCGACCCGCUUGGGGACGGUACGUCUCACACCCGACGCCGGUCGAGCGGCGUCGAAGCACAGCAGAUCAUGUUCUAUCCAUGGAGGCGUAUAAGCGCAGGGACGUUGCUGUUUACUAAAUCUUCCUGUUCGUUCGUCGUCGCACCCCGCUACACCCACAACAAGCUAGGAUCGUGAAUGAGCACUUCUCUCUCGGACAACAUCACUGGAGAAUAAUUCUUGCUACAUUAUUUCUGGCAAUGAGAUCACCUAGUUACGCCGUAUUCUGCUUGGUUGUAGUCGCUCUCCUUAGCCCCGCGCCAGCGACGCGCGUAGCGUACUGGCCUCGAAGUGCCGACUUCUGGGCGAUAGCCACGGCAGCCAAUGUCACCAUCGACGACACCUCCUCGCUUAUCACGUACUCUGCGAACGAUACCUGGCGUCCUUCCACUGUCCCUUGCGACACCUGCCUAGAUCCAGACAAUAGUUUGGCAUAUGCAGGAACGUGGCACGAUGGAACUCACAUCAUUCCAACCGUCGACAACGACGAUGUAGACGACACCGAUCAGCAGUCGGGGAAGUCGGGAAAUGGUGGUGGCAAGCAAGGCGGAGACGGCGAUCAGGACGGCGAUGGCGGCGGCGAUGGAGACAGCGGAGAUAAUGGGAAGGGUGGGAAAGAUGGCCAGCACCGACGGGGUAUGCAAGAUGUCGGUGUCCCUAGGUUCAAGCGGCAGGAGUCUAUCGUCAGCAACCCAUUCUUCACCCCGAACUUGGACAGCGACGACCCUGGUUUUGUCGACAAGUCAGUCACUGUUGAGUUCAACUUCACCGGUUCGGCCAUCUACGUGUUCGCCAUCAUGCCGUUGUUCGCUGCUCCAGCAAAUACCACACCGACAUUCAUGAAUCUCACCUACACGUUCGAUUCGCAGCCAGCUGGAGUAUUCCUACACAGUGGUAGCGCAACCGCUCCAAAUACGUCCUAUUCGCCAUCAGUUGUCGUAUUCCAAAAGACUGGGUUACCUGAGAGCCCGCACUCUCUCACGGUCAGCGUCGGCCCGGAUUCUGUCUUUUUGCUCGAUUAUAUCGUCUAUACUCAAGACAGCGACUUUGAACCAGCUGCAAACAACACGAGCGGAGGCAGUUCAUCAAGUGCGCCGGUAUCAUCGCCGGUCGGUGUCGUGAAUGCUUCGCCAAGCCCAACUAUCAGCCAAGCCACGGCGUCUGCCAGCUCUUCGGCCAGCAAAUCGCAUAACGUCUCCACAUUCGCUGGUGCAGUUGGAGGCUCUGUCGGGCUUCUAACAUUUCUCUCGUUUGCACUCGCGUUCUCGCUCUGCCGCAGACGACGACUCGCCCGUCGUCGAGAUCGCGCCUAUCGCGAGUCCCGUCGGGAGACUUCGUCGAUCAGUACAUUCCAUACUGACGCUUCGGAGGAUGGACCACCCAUGCAGGGCCCAGUCCCCUUCGUCCCGAGAUACUUCCCGGGUACCGUCAUCCAUGCCGCGCCGCCGCCGUACACGCCUUCCGCCUCGCCCUCGAACGAGCCCACGAGCGCGCUGCUCGGCACGCCGGAGACGCCUACACCGUCGAUGAUGUGGUCAUCGAGAAGGACAGGAGGAGUGGUAGGGGACAGCGAGUCGUAUGCGGAGAGGCCGCCGCCGACGCCGCCACCGGCUGGAGGUUCGCUCAUGGGAACAGACGUGGAGGAAGGAUACUUUGCGCCGCCGCCGUCAUUCCAAGUAGCCAUUGCUACGCCCGUCCCCGCGAUCCUCGCCGGUCUGAGCGGGGUGUCCUCGCCAGCAGCAGGGUCGCCGUCACCGCCGUCACCGCCGGCGUCACCAGUGAUACCCCUGCUCCCCCCGCCGCCGUCCUCGCGGCCGCCGCAGCUGAUCUCGACCAGCGCACCGAGCUCGUCGAGCGAACAGGGCCUUUCAGUGCUGCUCUCGAGCACUCAGGCCCCACUUUUCGUGCGCCCCACCGCAUCGUCCCAGUCGCUGCGAUCGCUGCACCCACAGUCAUCCGACGGCGCAGCAUUGGACCCGGACGGCGACACGCACUCAAUAACACGCUCCUCAUCUGAAUCAAAUCGAGGGGAGGCGACUGUACCCGGCCGGGCUUCACUACAGCCCGCGAUCACAGAAUCUCAGGGCAGUCUCGGCGUUCAGGCACGGGAAGGUAGAGGCGAGGAGGGCAGAGAUUCGACGCACCGGUGAAGAUGUGUAUGAUUAAUGUAUUUUUAUGUCAUAAUUGGUGAGCGUCGACUCGGCUAUCGUACCUUUCGUCCUCGAUGUCGCUCGCGUCCUGCACCGGCUGCCUCGUCUUGCUUGCGAAGAUGCAGAUGUACGGUGCCACGCUAGCCGGUAGUACCGACUUGUCGUGGGAUUAUGCUUCCCACCGCGCAUGUGCCUGAAGGCCUGACCCUUGGGACUGGGUGUGUGAUGACUUUUGCCGUCUGCGGGCACUGAUUGGGCCGCCCCUGCACUCAUCCAAAGUAUGGGAUGACCACCUGAGGCGGCUCCAUCUGCAUCAUACUUCGUUACUCGUGGUGACGCGCUUUCUCACCGUACGGGCGGACCUCACUCAUUUUUCUUUUCCAUCCGCAGCGACGCCUGCUGUC